AUGGAUACUAAUUUUAGUGCCUCGCAGACACAAGACUCUGAUGACGUACAGGAAAUGUAUUGUGAGGAAUGCGAAAAACAUGACGACAGGUAUACACCUGCAGUUGGAUUCUGUGUGGACUGUGUGGAGUAUAAAUGUGUGAACUGUCUUAGAUACCACAUGAGACACUAUAAAAACCAUACAGUUGAAGAAAAGAACACUAUGCCACAAGAUUUCUAUUUUGAAAAAUGUUCAUCUCAUCCUAAAGAGCUUAUAAAGUUUUUCUGUUCUGAGUGUGAAAAAACUGCAUGUCAAGAGUGUAAGAAUAAUGAUCAUAAAAAUUGUUGUAAUGUAUCUCACUUGCCAACACUUGCUAAAGACAUAAAAACAAGCACGGAACUUAAAAGUCUUAAAGAAAAUCUUGACAAACUCUCAAACGAUAUAAAAGAUACAAAAAAUAAGCUGGAUGACAAGUGUGCAACAAUGGAUUCACUAGAAAAUGAGGCAAAGGCAACAGUUAAGAUGCACAAAGAUAAACUGAUUGCAACUUACAAACAACAACAGAACGAAAUUAUUGAUAAUUUUGAUAAGAAAAUGAAAGAAACUAUUGCUAAACUGAAGAAAGAAAGGAAAGUGUUGGUUGAGGAAUUAGCAGAAAAGCAAUCCAAGUUUAAGUUGAGGAUUAGUGAUGAAGAGCAGAGAACUGUAAAAGCAGUUGAAAAUUCAAAUGCUGAUUUCAAAACAUUAAGAAAGAAACAUCUGGCAUUAGUAGAUGAUUUAAAGAAACUAUCAGCUGAGCUUGUGCAAGCUCAGCCAUUGGGUCUUAACUGCAAACUAUUUCUCACAAUGAAAUUUACAGAAAGAAUUUGUGAAAAACUUUCACAGAAUAUGCAAGAGUUUCAAAACAACUUUAUACAUCAUUACAAAGUUGAACCAAAAAUUGAAUCAAAACAGUCCAUUCAAUCUCUAGAGACCACAACAGCUUUUUUCUCCUACAUAGAAAUACAUAAAUCAGCUGUAGAGAGGACUGCUACUUUUCAUUCAGACAUAAAACAUCUAUUUUACGGUAUGUCAAGUUUAUGUCUUCUAAAUGAAAGCACACUUCUAGCAACUGAUUAUGACAGAUGUUCUCUUGCCAUAUUUAAAAUUACGAAGAAAACUUCACAAUGCUAUGAUAUAAUAGAAUUGCCCUCAGAACCCUGGGACAUUACAAAACUUACAGACAAUAAAGUUGCCGUUACUUUUCCAAAUGAAACAAUAACCAGACUAUUUAGAUCACCUGAAGCAAUGAUCAGACUGAUUACAUUUUCCGAUUUAAUGUCUGUGGUCAAUACUAAUGAUAUAAGAGUCAGCCCACCAUGUCAUGGUAUUGCUUACAGUAAUAACAAUUUAAUAGUCAGUAAUGAGGAGAAUGGAACUGUUCAGAUACUGGACAUGUCUGGUCGUAUAAUAAGAACUAUUGGCAAAGAUUCUAAUGGUAAGCCUCUGUUUACUAAACCUUGGUACCUGGUUGUCAGUCCAGACAAUACAACCAUAUAUGUGUCUGACUAUGAGAGACACACUGUGAUAAGUCUGACCGUGGAUGGUAAGGUCAAGGCCAUUUACAAGGAUGAUCAGCUUAAACAUCCACGUCAACUGACAGUGGAUGAGUCAGGGGCAGUAUAUGUAUGUGGGAGGUGGUCAUACAAUGUUCAUCAAUUAUCAUCUGACCUCACCAAAGUGAAGAUCCUUCUGAAUAAAGGUCAGGGAAUGAACAGUCCAAUGAGUGUUGCUUACUGCAAGAAUAACAACACACUGUAUGUAGGAAUGAGAGGAAGGAACAUUGAAGUGUUUAACCUGAAAUAG